GCAUGUUGGAGGCUGACGAGGCGUAUUUCAAAGAGCAUGGAGCGCCAAUGUUCUCUUCCAACAUGUUGGAUGAUUUACUCUGUGAAACGUGGUUUCCCUAAGUUGGAUGAUUUUCGGUUUCCCCCGUUGAAGAGACCUGAGAUGGGAGAAACAAGGCGGCACGUGCAGUCAAAAAUAAUCACCACCUGUGCGGGACAUGCAGACAAUUGUGCAUCAAUGGCGCCUGGACAUCUGAUACUGUGCAUAUGUGCGGCUUUGCGUUUGAGUCACUGGUUGAAGCGUUGUGACACUAAGGCAUUGUGUUUGAUCUUUGGAAAUUGUUUUGCUCAAAGUGGAAAAAACAUCUUGACGGGUUAG